AUGCAAAACGGUUACAUCAAAGGAAUCACUACACAGACCGGAGUUGCUGGCAUUCAAGCCCAGCUGAGUCCGCCAAACCGGUUACCUCGCAUGUCUGAGUACCAGUUGAAGUUGUUAGAAAAGAACUUCCAAAGCAACCGUAACCCUUCAGAUCUCGACAUCACACUCAUCGCAGCGGAAGUAGGUUUGUCAGAAACAGAGGUCAAGCGCUGGUUUGAGCACCGUCUGGCGAGAUGGCGACAGCAGCAAGGAUUGCCAGCAAACAGUGGAUCAGUCAACGAUUGA